AUGGCGUGUACGAGACGUGGCGACGCACGAAACAAAGCACGAUGGUGGUGCCCAUCAGGCACAAAGUGUUCUGCGUCAAACCUGGAGCUCCACCGCCACCCGUUCGGCAACGACCUCAAGAAGUGCCAUGACUUCGUUCUCGAAACAGGCAUCCAAUUGUGCCUAGUGCACGUGAGCCGAGAGGAAGCCGACAAUGAGACUCGCAGGGCUCUCAACGCAAGGGCAAAAGAACCCCCCCCCCCGGCAGCGAUGGCGCGAGGUGGAGUAGGAGCUGGAGCGUCAAAAGUGGCAGCAGCUUCAACAGGAACAACGGCAGCAUCAACAGACGUAGCCGCCACGGCUCACCGGGGGGAGAGUGUUGGAAACGUGGCCGCCACGACUGGACGUCUUGGUGCUGAAGCAGGCGAGGGGGCGGCGAAGGACGACAGCGACGAAGACAGUGACGGCCGCGGUAAGGACUGCAUCGAUGGAGCACGAGACGGUACGGUGGGGCCCGGGCAAGACGGCAAGCUCGGCUCAGCCGCAUCCCCUGCAGGCAACACCCGGGACGAACGAUCGUUCGCGAGCAAGACCGUCGGGGUGAAGUGCUCGCAUUCGACGUCGAAGCCGGCGGCAAGCCACCCGGGCGAGGCGGCGGGGCCUUCCGUCACGGCGGCAAGGCGUGCCAAGAUAGGCGGCAAGCUCAUCUCCGGUGCAACCCCUGCGAGCCGCACCAGUGAUGGCGAAAAGUCGUCCGCGCGUAAGACCGUCGGGGUGAAGCGCUCGCAUGUAUCGAAGCCGGCGGCAAGCCAGCCGGGCGAGGCGACGCGGCCUACCCUUACGGCAGCAAGGCGUGCCAAGAUAGGUGGCAAGCUCAUCUCCGGCGCAACCCCUGCGAGCCGCACCAGUGAUGGCAAAAAGUCAUCCGCGCGCAAGACCGUCGGGGUGAAGCGCUCGCAUGUAUCGAAGCCGGCAGCAAGCCAGCCGGGCGAGGCGGCGCGGCCUACCGUCGUGGCCGCGAAGCCCGAGCAAGAGGACAAGGUCGGCGACGCUCCACCCCGUGUGGGUGGCACAAGCAGGCUCAAGCCGGCGUCGGUGGCGCGCCGUAACACCGGUACUGUCGUCGCCAAGGUUCGUAGCCCCAAGUCGCCACUUCGGGUGACCAAAUCAAGUUCCUCGACGAGAACAAAGGGCAAUGACAUCAAGAUCUCGUCGGCAAUGUCAAGAUCCUCUGCGGAUCGAAAGGGUGAGGACCUGAAGACCUCUCCCGCCAUGCGACGGGCGCGUCGACCUACCGCCGAGGAUGGUCCAAGCCAUAGUAGCGGCAGGCCAUCCUCGCGCAAGACCGUCGGGGUGAAACGCUCGCAUUCGACGGUGUCGAAGCCGGCGGCAAGCCAGCCGGGCGAGGCGGCGGGGCCUCCCGUCACGGCGGCAAGGGGUGCCAAGAAAGGCGGCAAGCUCGUCUCCGCGGCGACCACUGCAAAGAGAGUCGCCGAGGACUGCCCAUCGGAAUUAACCGCCAAGGCACGCAAGGACUUGCUCCCCCCGUCGGCCUCGGUGCCUCGUCCAAGUGGUGCAAGCACGGCGCCGACGAAGGCGCCGGCGAGGGCGAUCCGGAGCUACCCGCCCGCAAAGCUCUCGCCGGUGCAGUGGGAACGCACAGCCCAAGCACCGAGGCCGAUUAUCGGCAGGUCAUACGGAUCGGCGUUCGUGCCGUGGCGUCCGCGGGCGAGAGAGGCGGAUUUCCAACCUCAGCUGGUUCGGACAGGCACAAGCCAACCGACUCCGACAGUGACACGCUCAAGUCAAGAUGCGCUUCCUCCGAAGAGGAAGUACGUCUCAAACGAGAUCAGGCCCGAAACGUUCAGGGUGGGCCGCGAUGUCCAGCCCACAAUGCGGUCGCGGUGGGCGUACAACAGCAUGCCAGGACGCAGUCCGAGUAGGCAUAGCAGCAGGCUACGCUUUGGUGGUGAACGCUCGCGUCAGCGGGUGUUAGAGCCGGCAGCAAGCCAGGGGGGUGCUUCGGCAAACCCAUGGUUGCAACGGCGUCCCGUUGUGGCGGCCGAAGAGCAGGACGACAGGUUCUCCUCCGCCAUUUCCUUGCGGAGCGUUACCGGCAGCUGCAGGCUGCUACCGGUGGCCCGACGAGCCAUCAACAGCAGCAUCACCCGCAGCUGCAGGCUGGCCCAACGCGCCAUCAACAGCAGCAUCACCCACAGCUACCGGCUCCUACCGGUGGCAAGACGGCUCGUUGCCGGGAGCGUCACCAGCAGUCGGGUGAGGCUGACACCGAUGGCACGUCGUGCUACCAGCAUGGCGAACGAGCUGGUUCGUGCAGCCGGACGCUCCGUUCGCAAUGCAAUGGCGCCCACUCCACGGGAUCAAGAACCAGCAAAGUCCUUUUUCAAUAGGACGCUCUCGGUGCCUCACCCAAGUAAUGCGUCCGCGGCGGCGGGGGCGCGCCGGGAUGUCGCACCCGCAACUGCUUCUGCUGAUGCUGCUUCCGCCGCUGCUGUCGCGCAGUCUUCCCCCGUGGCUUCGCCGGGACUGGGAAGACCGCAAACAAAUAGGAGGGUCGACAACGGUGGCCGGCUGCGUGGGGGCGACCGUGCUGAGGGUCGGCCCUGCGUAGCCCACCGGUCGAUUCUCCACUACGAGGAUGAACUAUUGCAAAUUUGCGACAUGUGUGGGAGGUGCAGGACUCGUUUACGGCACCACUCUGGCUCAUAUCAGUGUCAUGCCUGCCCGGCGGAUCUGUGCGGCCUGUGCGGGCAGCCCGGAACCCGGCAUUAUCUUCACGCCGACCGCAUACGCCCAGGGCACCCCUUCUACAUCCCUCCCAGGAGUUUAUGGGUUCGAAAAACGUCACCCACUGCGGCCCCCAGCACUCUUCCUGCCGUUGCGCCUCCAACCGCUCCUACUGGGCGUGCCGUCGGCUUCGGUAGUGCGUCGGUGGCGGCGCCUCCUUCUGGGCCAUUGGUUCGAAGAUCGCCACCCGCUGCGGUUCCCAGCACUCCGCCUGCCGUUGGGCCCCCAACCGCUCCUACUGGGCGUGUCGUCCGCUUCGGUAGUGCGUCGGUGGCGGCACCCCCUUCCCCCGACCCGUCACCAAUGGACGUCGAUGACCUCACUCCCGCUGCCACUCCCGCCCAUGCCACGGGGUUCAUCUUCGGCGGCAUAUCCGCCAUCGGAACGGGUGUAGCGACAGUUUCGAUGGCGCCGACACCAAUGGUUGUGGCCAGCCCCACUUCAGCCGCCGCACGCCGACCUCCUUCAUCGUUCAUCUUUACGGGCAACCAACCCGGUGCUCACUUCACGUUCGUCGGCGGCGCGGCUUCGGCGACAAGGGCGGCGGCGACGACAACGACGUCGAUGACGGCCGUUCUCCCGACCCGCGUUUCCGCCAUCAACGCCCCUCCGCUCUCCGCCGGUGCUUCGGCUAGCGUAGCCACAGUUUCGACGGCGCCGACACCAAGGGUUGUGGCCAGCCCCUCUUUCGUCGCUCCACAACCACGUCCUGCAUCAUCCACCUUCACCGGCAACGGUGCUCAAUUCACGUUUGGCGGCGGCGCGGCUUCAGCGACAAAGGCGGCGGCGACGACAACGACGACGACGACGGGCCCCUUUCCCGGCCCCACCCUGACGGCUGGUAGGGUUGCCCCCCACGGACCCGGGGGUUGUUCGGCAUCGUCGGCAGUGCCCGUGCCCAGCUUCAUCUUCGGCACCGGCGGUGUAAACGGCGGAAUCGGUGCCGUCACCGCUCCUCCGGCUCCCGCCGGCGCUUCCGCUUUCGUGGCGCCGGCGUCGCUGGCUGGAGGGGUUGGCUCUGCCCAAGGCACGGGUGCUGUGCCACUUCCUCCGGUAGGACUUACCACUACACAAGCGGGCGGGGUGCCUGGCGUGCUUAACCACCCACCUGUGCCGUCGAGGGCUUUGCUCCUCGCAGGACGUUUGUAUUCCGCGAACGAGGCUCUAUGA